AUGAGAAAGGAGUUUCUUGCACAAUCGUGCAAGACCAUAAUUAAAGAACUUUAUUUCGGCAAUAAGUUGAUUGAAGAUUGCGAAUCAAUAUUCAAUUUUCAUGAGCUCGAAGUUGGAAACUGUUUUCUCGCCAACAAUUUAAUGGACUAUAAAACCAUCGAAAAAUUACCAUUAAAAUAUACAUCGUCCGAUAAAGUACGCAAUGUAACAAUAGUUUUACAUAAUGAUCUGCUAUACAAAUAUCAAUUAUAUAUUCACAGUCCUGAAGAUUUACCAUAUUUUAAUGCAGAAGUCUUUUCGGUAACAACCAGGCCUACAGUCUACAGUUUUAAUAUUGAAGAGCUGCACAACAAUAUCGAAGUUAUUGAUGAAAAGGUCAAUCAACGAAUGUGCAAAUUUCCACAGGAAACGCCACAUUCAAGAUUCGUUUAUAGCUUUUCAACCUGCAUGUCACGAAUUAGAAUGCAAAUGGAGAUCGAUGCUUGCAAUUGUUCUGUUUUUAAUGCCCAAGACGGUGUCAAUUACUGCGAUAUCAAAGGAGUCAAAUGUUUGCAGGAUGCUAACAUAUCGAAUAAAGUAAAGGAUUACGUGAGCAUUAAUUUGGUUUGCUUACCUUCAUGCAUGGAACAACAGAUAAGUUUUGUCGGAACAAUAGAGAAGGGUACUGAACAAAGGGAUUUCCAUGUUGAAAUUGAUAUUGCCAGUCCAGCUUCAGCCAGAUUCUAUCGCAUUGUUACGCAAUCCAGAUUGGAUCUUAUUGUUGCUGUUGGGGGAGUUAUAGGGCUCUUCAUUGGCGCAUCUCUGCUCAAUAUCUUGGAAGUCAUUUCUAUGAUUCUACAAAAAACUAAGCUAUUGAUUUGGCACUAAAUGAAAAUGAUAUUACAUAAUUAUUGUUAAACUCUAAUAUUUUAUCACUUGACAAUAUUUAAUAUUUGAUCAACAAC